AUGGUCUUUACAUUUCUUAGGCCAAGUAUGCAAUUGAAACUUUUGUCUCAUGCUGGACUGACUGAUAGCAAAACUGUUGACACUUCAAUUGAACUCAAUGCGCAUCUGACUCCCUUAGGGGGGAAACUAUUGUCUAAUCCCUCUCUUUACAGACACUUGGUUGGCAGCCUAGUUUAUCUCAAUGUCACUUGUCCAGACAUCUCCUAUGUUGUUCACCAGGGCACUCUCUUCCAUGGCCUUUUCUACUCUGCUCAGCCUCUUCUUGUUCUCCGUGCAUUCUCUGAUGCCGAUUGGGCAGGAGAUCUUAUUGAUCGCAGGUUCACCACUGGUUAUUGUUUUCUCCUUGGCACUUCUUUGAUUUCUUGGCGAAGUAAGAAACAAACCCUUAUGGCUCGCUCUAGUACUGAAGCAGAAUAUCAUGCCAUUGUUGAUACCAUAUCUGAGCUCCUUUGGCUACGAUGA